UGAAGUAAUCGUAAGCUUUCCCAACACAAGUUUUGGGGCCCGGACAAGAAAGAAAUAACAGUUUGAUUCGGAAGUUUCUUUUCUCUCUCGCUCUCUCUCUCCGCUCUCGUACUCCGGCUAUGUUUCUGGCUCCGGGGAUCGGAAGAAGACGAAGAUAGAACGAGGGAAAAGGGGGAAUUUCCAACGUGGGGAUCGAGAUCUGUGCGAUCGAUUUGGUCAUUUGGUCAUCGUUCAACGAUAGGAGUUCGGAAUGGCGAGAGCGGGGAAGAAUUCCCAUUCCAAGAUGGGGUCGUCGUUUCGGAGGUGGAAUUCGGGGCAAAUGCUGCUUGCUUUCCUUUUGCUUUUCUCCAUGGCUCUGCUCGUCCUCCUCUCUCUGGGAAUCCUCUCCCUCAACACCGCCGCUCCUAAGGCUCCCCAUGACGUCUCCGAUCUUACUUCCCUCAAGUUUCAGACCGACCUCCAAAGUCGACAAGAGAGUGAGUUGGAGAAUGAAAAGAAGCAGUGGACGGAGGUGUUGUCGUGGGAGCCCAGAGCCUUUGUCUAUCACAAUUUCCUGACAGACGAUGAGUGUGACUACUUAGUUAAUCUCGCCAAGCCUCACAUGCGAAAAUCAACAGUCGUGGACAGCGCAACUGGCAAAAGUAAAGACAGCAGAGUACGAACAAGCUCUGGUACAUUCCUCCAGAGAGGACAGGAUAAGGUCAUUCGGAACAUUGAGAAGAGAAUUGCAGAUUUUACUUUCAUACCAGUAGAACAUGGAGAAGGGCUUCAAGUUCUUCAUUACGAGGUUGGACAGAAAUAUGAACCUCAUUUUGACUACUUCCUCGAUGAAUUCAACACCAAGAAUGGUGGUCAAAGGAUCGCAACUGUUCUUAUGUACCUCACAGAUGUUGAAGAAGGUGGAGAGACUGUUUUUCCUUCUGUAAAAGUAAAUAGCAGUUUGAUUCCCUACUGGGAUGAGUUGUCUGAAUGUGGAAAAACUGGACUAUCAGUCAGGCCAAAGAAAGGAGAUGCCUUGCUUUUCUGGAGCAUGAAGCCUGAUGCUACACUUGAUCCACUGAGUUUGCACAGUGGUUGCCCUGUGAUUAAGGGAAACAAAUGGUCGUCAACAAAAUGGAUGCGUAUUAAUGAGUACAGGGUAUAAUCUACAGUAAGAUAAGGACCAUCACAAUGGAACUGCUGAUAAAAGUUGCACCGUGCUACUUACGCACUCGGCAUAGUAUUUCAACUGAUUUUUCUGUUAUUUUAAGUCCCUCUCCUUCUUCCGAUAUGUUAUUUAUAUCUGCUAAUUAACGUGGCCUUUUUCCACGGAGAGAGAGAGAGAGAGAGAGAGAGAGAGAGAAAGAGAGAGAUGUAAACAUGUUGUUGAUUUGAUACUUGCCUGUAAAAGAAAACACAGCAUUUUACUGUUGGUUUUGGAGAUAUUGCUCUAUUCUAGAGGUAUUUCUCUAUUACCCUUGCACA